CCGGGGGCGCGCACGCAAGCCUGGUGACGCGCGCGUCUGGCCGCCCCUCGGCGCUGAGGAGGGGGACGCAGCGAGAGUCUCAUCAAGUUUUCGUGUAUAUGUGUUGUACAGUUCUAAAAGCUUGAAGAAGCUCUGCACUGAGGAAGAUUAAAGCAGCUGUCUUUGCCAAUUAGGGAAUGGACCGUUUGGGUUCCUUUAGUAGUGAUCCCUCUGAUAAGCCACCUUGCCGGGGCUGCUCCUCUUACCUCAUGGAGCCUUAUAUCAAGUGUGCUGAAUGUGGGCCACCUCCUUUUUUCCUCUGCUUGCAGUGUUUCACUCGAGGGUUUGAGUACAAGAAACAUCAAAGUGAUCACACUUAUGAAAUAAUGACCUCAGAUUUUCCUGUUCUCGACCCCAGCUGGACUGCUCAAGAAGAAAUGGCCCUUUUAGAAGCUGUGAUGGACUGUGGCUUUGGAAAUUGGCAGGAUGUAGCCAAUCAGAUGUGCACCAAGUCCAAGGAAGAGUGUGAGAAGCACUAUAUGAAGCAUUUCAUCAAUAACCCUCUGUUUGCCUCUACCCUGCUGAACCUAAAACAAGCGGAGGAGGCAAAAACUGCCGACACAGCCAUUCCAUUUCACUCUACAGAUGACCCUCCCCGACCUACUUUUGACUCCUUGCUUUCCCGGGAUAUGGCAGGGUACAUGCCAGCUCGAGCAGAUUUCAUUGAGGAAUUUGACAAUUAUGCAGAAUGGGACUUAAGAGACAUUGAUUUUGUUGAAGAUGACUCGGACAUUUUACAUGCUCUGAAGAUGGCUGUGGUAGAUAUCUAUCAUUCUAGGUUAAAGGAGAGACAAAGACGAAAAAAAAUUAUAAGAGACCAUGGAUUAAUCAACCUUAGAAAGUUUCAGUUAAUGGAACGGCGGUAUCCCAAGGAGGUCCAAGACCUCUAUGAAACAAUGAGGCGAUUUGCAAGGAUUGUCGGGCCAGUGGAACAUGACAAGUUCAUUGAAAGCCAUGCAUUGGAAUUUGAACUCCGGAGGGAAAUCAAAAGGCUUCAGGAAUAUAGGACAGCAGGCAUUACCAAUUUUUGUAGUGCUAGAACAUACGAUCACCUCAAGAAGACACGAGAGGAGGAGCGCCUUAAACGCACCAUGCUCUCUGAAGUUCUCCAGUAUAUCCAGGACAGUAGUGCUUGCCAACAGUGGCUCCGCCGGCAAGCCGACAUUGAUUCCGGCCUGAGUCCUUCCGUUCCAAUGGCUUCGAAUUCAGGUAGACGGAGUGCACCACCCUUGAACCUCACUGGCCUCCCUGGCACAGAGAAGCUGAAUGAAAAAGAAAAAGAGCUCUGUCAGAUGGUGAGGUUGGUCCCUGGAGCCUAUUUAGAAUACAAAUCUGCUCUAUUGAACGAAUGUAACAAGCAAGGAGGCUUGAGACUGGCGCAAGCAAGAGCACUCAUCAAGAUAGAUGUGAACAAAACCCGGAAAAUCUAUGAUUUCCUCAUCCGAGAAGGAUACAUCACUAAAGCUUGAGGCACUAAGGGCUUGGGACCAGAAGUCAGAAGUUUGGAAUGUGAUGGGCCAAAGGACAAUAUGGACAUUCUGGGAAGUUUUGUUUAUGAGCUGAAUUCUCAUUGUAAAAAGAAGGGAAGGACAGAGCAAACCUGAAGUUGUAUUAAUGUCUACUUUCUUCUCCACCCUGCUUUAAAACACUCCCGUUGUUGGUAUUAUGUUGCAGAAUUGUGUGCUAGAUAAGCUAUUAUUAAAUGUGAGUGGGCAUUCAUUCCUAACACCUCUUAUAACUAAAAGAACCAUAGUACCUCACAUCACAGUGUUGGUAGAAAUAGAACUAAACCACAGUAUAUAGUCCCAAGAGUUCAGCUCAGACCCAUGUACUUCAGAGGUACGUUUGCUGAUUAUCUGUUUCACCUUCAAACACUGCAGACAGAUUUAAAAUAAAGAGAAGGGUUUCCUUGCAUGAGAAUUCUUUCUCUUUCCUUCUAAGGAUUUUUUUAAGAUGACAACUUAGGCUUAUGAACAGAGGGGAAGAAAAUAUCCCCUUGAUGGUCUUGUCCCAAACUGCAUCUUUAACUCUGCUGUCUGCCUUUGUACUUGGCAGUCUGGCUGUCUGAUCUGCAGCAGACUUUUGAAGAGGUGGUACUGGAUAUAAAAUGUCUCUGUUAUUUUUAGAAUUAAUGGAUUAAAAUGUUUUGCUAUUUAA